AAAAAUAUAAAUCAAUUCAUUAAAACCAAUCUCAAAAAUAUAGAGGUCCACCUCUCAUUUUUAUCAACAUAAUUGUAUAGAUAAUUUUUUUAUCACUCCAGAAACAGUAUUUAAAUAGAGGUAGUCUUACAUUUUAUUCACAGUUUUUACAAAGAGUUGUAACGAUACUGAUUAUUUUCAAGACUUUUUUUGUUGAAGACAUUCAUUCCAUUCAACAUCAUGAAAUACUCCGUGGUAUUAUGUUUAUUGGCGGUUGUUUUAAUACAACAAUGCAUGAGUGCUCACGUUCAUCACGAAGGAGAGAAAAACGAUGAAGAUCACAUGAGCCAUGAAAGAGGGGACCAUAAAGGCCACAAACAUGAAGAUCACACUGGCCAUAACCAUGGACUUUUUGGUGACCCAAUUUAUGAUAAUCCAAAAUAUUAUGAUAACCCAAUUUAUGACAUCGGAUUUGAUGGAAUUCGCGGAAUUCAUGAUCGCAAAGAUCUCCUUCUCGAAAAAUUUAGAAAGGUUCCAUUAGGGUAUCAAUAAAGACAAGAGCAUACGGAUUACGAGCCAUGAAUAAUUAUCAUUAUACAAGCAUCGUAUGCCACACGGUAGUCAAUUAUUAAAUUUAUAUUGCGUAAAAUUAAUUAGUACCUAUAGCAUGUUUUAAAUCUUUGUUUUUGUAUAAAUAAAUUCACUUCGUUAAAUUACUUAAUAACAAUACUAUUACAUUAGACUAGAUGACAUGUUGUCAAUACUUGAAAUAGUAAUACAAAAAUAAAUGA